AUGUUGUAUACUCAUGCCACUGUUGUGACCGUGGAUGCCUCACGCCGUGUCAUUACCGACGGAGCGAUCCGCGUAGUUGGAGAUGUGAUUGCGGAUAUCGGGAAGACAAGUACCCUUCAGGCAACGUAUGCAGCCGAUGAAGAGUGCGAUCUCUCCGGUCGCAUCAUCAUUCCAGGAUUGAUCUCCACCCACAUGCACACAGCACAGACACUACUACGAGGUACAGCCGACGACCUCGAGCUGGUUACAUGGCUAUGCGAGAGAAUAUGGGUGCUCCAGGGUAACUUUACAGCGGAAGAUGGGUACGCUGCAGCGCGACUGAGUAUCGGAGAGAUGCUUAAAUCUGGCACUACAUGUUUUUUGGAGAGCAUGUUUGCGGAUCGAUAUGGUUUUGACGGACUAUGUCGCGCCGUCGAAGAGAGUGGAAUCCGCGGCUGUCUAGGUAAGAUUGUGAUGGACAUUGCAAAGUAUGCGAAAGACGACGCUUGGGCCAUGCAUCCUGGCCUUGUUGAAAACCGUGAGACCUCGUUGCUUGGGACCGUGAAGAUGUGGGAGAAGUGGAAUGGUGCGGCCGAUGAUAGAAUCAGAGUCUGGUUUGGUGCCAGGACUCCCGGCGGAGUAUCGGACGGACUGUAUAAGGAGAUGACCUCCAUUUCCAAAGAAAAGGGGAUACCCAUUACGAUGCAUUGCGCCGAGGUCAAGGCCGAUCUUGAUUUUUUCGCUUCGGUGUCGCACACCCCGAUGUCAUACUGCAAAUCAGUGGGCUUGCUGAGUGACUCCACGGUCCUCGUUCAUAUGGUUCACUUGGAUGACUCAGACAUUGAACUUCUUUCUUCUUCAGGAACGCAUGUCGCACACUGCCCAACAUCUAAUGCAAAGCUUGCAUCCGGUAUCUGCAGAGUGCCAGAUCUCCAAAAGGCCGGAGUUAAUAUUGGCCUGGGUACCGACGGUGCCCCCUGUAACAAUACAUGUGACCUCCUGCAGGAGAUGAAGCUCGCUGCUAUUAUUCACAAGGGAAUCUCGCAGGAUCCAACAUCAGUGCCAGCCGAAAAUGUACUGGAGAUGGCCACUAUCAAUGGCGCCAAAGCACUGGGCUUGGAUAAGCAGAUCGGCAGCCUGGAGAUUGGUAAGAAGGCCGACUUUGUGGCUAUUGAUGUCCGCGGAAUCCAUAGCCAGCCUUGGUUUAACCCAGUCAGUGCAGUUGUGUAUACUGCAACUGGGCGCGAUGUGGACGUCGUUGUGGUAAACGGGAAGGUUGUUGUCAAGGGCGGAGUACUUAUGACGAUGGACGAGGAUGAAAUCGUGCAGGAAGCACAGAGAAGAAGCAAAGAGGUAGUGGAAAGAGCUGGGCUGGGCAAGAAGGUACAGGGCCGCUGGCCAGUUGAGUGA